AUGCAUGCAGUAGACUUGCCGCAGAAACUCUGGCCGGAAGUACUGCGGUAUGUGGUGGACAUUGACAACAUGACGGCAACACGGGCACUCAAGGGCAGAACUCCGUCGGAGAAGCUCUUCAACAAGAAACCUGACAUCAGCAAGAUUCGGGUAUGCGGGUCCCGAGACGUACAGUUCCGCGAAGAUGCCACGGUCAGUAGCAAGUACCUGAACAAGCUCUUGGUGGGCAGACAU